UUUAGACUCGACUUCGAUUUUACGUGCUGUGGUGUUAAAAUGUGACGACGAUGCAAUCACGCUUCUGUGUUGCUUGGUGCUUUUCAGCUCAACAUUAUUUCUUGUUACGUUCAUUGUGUCAGUUACGAUGAAGGCACAUUGACUGAUCAUCUCGCGGCUGCUAAUAGGACAUUAUGAGAGUUUACAAAGGACCCCCCGAACCUGGUGAUACUCUCUUCAGCCAAGUCAUUUUUGUGGCUCUGCUACUAUUUUUCUUCAAUAACACAGCUCAUGCCGAAAAAAGCAAAUCAUAUUUGAUCGGCAGUCUCUGUAAGAAUCAUUUCUUACGAGACGUUUACAGAAAGAUCGACGGUGCCAUUAUCACAUCUCAAAAUGAACGGAAUCUUGACUGCGCGGUCACCUUUCAAACGCACAGCAUACUUCAACGGUUUAUGCUCAAAUUCGAUCGGCUGCAACUGGACUGCAAUGAUCAUCUUUUCAUUUAUGAUGGAGCUCAUUCUGUUGGCAGUUUUAAGGCGGACUUGUCCUGCAAAAAUACAAUGCAAGGUGUGGGAGCUAUUUAUACGCAAACAAAUUUUGUUACUUUAAAAUACGUGACAGAUUCUUGGGGUACUGAUUCCAAUGGCUUUAAGCUUGUCAUCACAGCAGUCAAAGAUCCAAAACACGCCUGUAAGGAUUUCCGAUGCACACUGAAAGAGUUUUGCAUCGACGCUGACCUCGUCUGUGAUGGCAUAAAUCAUUGUGAAGAUGGAUCUGACGAAGCCGCUUCCACCGUAUGCGUCAACACGGAGGCGUCGACGAUCCUCGGCAUCGAGAGUACUUGGUUUGCUGUGUUGAUGGUUUGCACGGUCCUGACAAUGGCUGGCCUCGUGGCGACUGCCGUGCUCUGCUUCUAUAGACAACGAGUAAACACGACGCCCAGACACGGCCAGCACCUUAACAACGUCUACGGUAAUGCUCAAGGACAUCCGCCCGUCAGCUACCCCAGCGAUCCGGAGCUCGGCCGUGCUGCAGGCUCCUUCAAAUGCGAUCGAAGACGCGGAGGCCGCUGUCGUUGCUGCUGCUGCUCUUUCUGCUGCUGGCGCUGCCUCGCCAUGCUCUGCUCGCGUCGCGCCUUCCUUUUCGCGCUGCUGCUCUUUCUGCUGCUGACCAACAUGCUGUAUCUGGUGCUGAGCAAGAGCCUGGACUUUCCACACCGACUCGAGCACAACGAGCUGCUGGUAACGCCCAAAGAUUUUUUCAUCGGGCCAUGCCUCGUCAAUACCAACCAGACCUGUCCGGACCCCGAGGUGAGCUUUUUCUUGUACACGAGGAGCAACUCGGCACGCGGCCACGAGAUCAUCGUGACCGAUAGCGGCUCGAACCUCAACGAGACCCACUUCGAUGCCGCCGACCCGACCAAGAUAAUAGUUCACGGCUACAACUCCGACAUGGAGCUGGACUCGCUGGUGGACAUGCGCAGCGAGUACCUGGCGCGCGGCCCGCACAACGUGGUGGCCGUCGACUGGCACCGUUUGGCCGCCGGGCCCUGCUAUCCCGUGGCCGUGCACAACGUGCCGCACGUCGGUCACUGUCUGGCCCAGCUGAUCGAGCGGCUCCGGGCCGCCGGCUCCGAGGACUUGCACGUCAUCGGCUUCUCCCUCGGCGCCCACGUGCCGGCCUUCACCGCCAAUCGCUUGGCGCCGUACAAGCUGCCGCGCGUAACCGGCCUCGAUCCAGCUAUGCCGCUCUUCGUCACCGUCUCCAAGCACGACAAGCUCGACGCCGACGAUGCUCUUUUCGUCGAUGUCUUACACACCAACGCCUUUGUCCAGGGCAAGCUCGAGCCCAGCGGCCACCUCGACUUUUACAUGAACGGAGGCGUCAAUCAACCGGGAUGCUGGGAGAAGCGAAAUCCGUUUGGCUGCAGCCAUCAUCGCGCUGCCGAAUAUUUUGCUGAAUCCAUCAACUCGCCGGUUGGCUUUUGGGGCUGGCCGUGUCCAGGAUUUCUUGCUUAUCUACUUGGCUUUUGUCCCCCUCGCUAUCCGGCCAUUUUAGCUGGAGACCUUGUCGAUAAAACGCGCAGAGGCUUUUUUCUUGUCAAAACCAAAAGUCAAAGUCCCUUUGCCGAGGGUCCAUUUCAAAUCAAUGUUUCGUCUUCGACUACUGUUGCUGUUCCUGUUGUUGUACCUUCUUGAGUGCACCAAAUCCGAAGACGGAUGUGAAAUCAAUACCUUGAUAAUGAUUGUUGAAAACUAACUUCACAAAUCAAUCAUCUGUAUCCACGUGAUAUUUAUUUUGUGCAUUGAGCAACUAAUGAUAACGAGUUAUCGUAUAAUUAUUAAAAAACUUAAAAAUUGUAUCGUGAUUAAAGUUUCUUGUGUUUUUUAAGGUGAACUUGUUAAAGAUACAAAGCUACGAGUUGAAAGAGAAUAUCGUACUUAUUGUUAAUAUAGUGCAUUUAAAAAAUUGUUGUAAAUUAUACCAGAAAAUUAGAUUACUAUAGUAUAAGAAUAUAUUAUAACUAUUAUAAAUAUUGAUUCUAUUACUAAGUCUUAGUUUUUCAU